AUGUACAUCAGUUGCAACUCUGCCAGGAGCACCAUCGUCAACCUCAACAUCAGCGGUGCGAGUCUGAAUGGCACACUUGACAAGUUCAACUUCUCAGCUUUCCCCAACCUGAAGAAGCUCAUCCUAUUUCAGAACGGUCUGUAUGGCAACAUUCCAGAAGGGAUCAGUAACCUGACAAGCCUGGUGCAGUUGCAGAUCAGCAGCAACUGGUAUGUAACUGGUACAAUUCCCCGUGGCAUUGGCCGGCUGAAGCAGCUCACUGAACUGCAACUGGGAGGUUUGGGUCUUGAUGGUGCGGCGCUACCUGAAGAGAUUGGUAACUUGACAAGCUUGACGAAGAUUGCUCUCUACUCAAUCAAUUUGACUGGAUCAAUCCCGCUAACAUUCGGGAGACUGAAGAAGCUCCGGCUGCUGAACCUGAGAAACAACAGUCUGACAGGGCACAUCCCGCUGGAGAUUGGUAACAUGACAGAAUUACACCGCAUGGACCUGACGCAGAACUAUUUACAUGGCCAGAUACCAGAUACAGUCUCUCGUUUGGUAAAGCUAAACCGCUUGUUACUGUCAGAAAAUCAGCUCGGAGGCGACGUCAUCCACGAGCUCGGAAAUAGCAGCAUGCUGUCUUAUAUCAACAUGGCAAAAAAUAGCUUCUCUGGGGUCUUCCCGCCGUCCAUUUGCGCGGGAGGGGCACUGGUUACGGUCCUUGCUGCAUACAAUGGAUUUACAAGCCUUCGCAGCAUGACCUUUCAGAACUGCACGACCCUGGAGCACAUUGACUUCACAGAAAACAAAAUUGUUGCAGACCUAAUGGCUUGUUUUGGCAAGCCUCCAGAACAACUUCGGGGGCUAACUGUCAGUAAUAACCAUCUGUAUGGCACACUUCUGACAGAUGAUGGUGAGGUAUUCCUCUGCAACUCUACUAGGUUAUCACUUCUGGACCUCUCAAACAAUGCCUUAAAUGGAGACCUAUCCAACUCCAAGUGUUUAUGGAACAUGCGGCAUUUGGAGUUCAUGGAUUUGUCCAGCAACUCGCUCAGUGGUGUAGUUCCGUUCUUGGCGACGCCUAACCGGAAUCUUCAGUCUCUACACCUAGCGAAUAACCAUUUCAGUGGAGCCUUUCCUUUGGUUCUUAAGAAAAGCAAGAAACUUAUCACUCUAGAUCUGGGAGGCAAUAAUUUCUCAGGUGGGAUACCUUCUUGGAUAAGCAAGAGCUUGCCUGACCUAAGAUUUCUUUUACUGUCAUCAAACAUGUUUGAUGGCAUCAUACCAUCACAGAUAUUACAAUUUCGUCAACUCCAGCUAUUGGACCUGUCAAAAAACAAGUUCACUGGACGGAUUCCAUCCAAUUUUGGUAACUUUACUGGCAUGAUCCAAGAACAGAAAAAUGGGAACAGCACAUACUGCUACCUGCCAGCAGAGCAGCUUCGUAUAGUCCUGAAGAAUGAGGGUUAUCUUUACAACUUCACGAUAUCGUUCAUAGUGGGUAUGGACUUAUCUAGCAACUUCCUUUCACAAGAGAUCCCAAAAGGACUCACAUCACUUGUUGGACUCAGGUACCUAAACUUGUCAAGAAACCAUCUCUCAGGUGGUAUUCCCGGAGACGUUGGCAAUCUGGCAUUGCUAGAAUCCUUGGACCUUUCGGAAAACCAACUCUCAGGGGAAAUUCCUCCAAGCCUUGCAGAUUUGAAGGCCCUCGGCACUCUGAACCUCUCGACCAACGGUUUAUCGGGGAGGAUACCUACAGGCAGCCAGCUGCAGACAUUCCCAGAUCCUUCAAUAUACAGCAAUAAUCCAGGGCUGUGCGGUUUCCCGCUGCAGGACUGUGUAAACCCAUCUGCAUCAAACCAGAAUGACAUGAAGCAGGAUGAAGAUAUGGAGACACUCUGGUUGUACUGCUUUGUGGUAGCAGGAGUCAUCUUUGGGUUUUGGCUAUACUGGGGCAUGCUCUUUUGCAAAGAGACAUGGAGGCAUGUGUUCUAUCAAUAUGUUGACAGCAUGCAAGACAAGGUAAUUACCAAGAAAAUAGCUGCAUAUCGCGCCUCCAAGCUAAGGCAUGAAUAG